CUUGCGGUCGUUAAAAAUUGUUAAAACAAAUUCCACAUUCAUUUUAUCUAUAAAAUCCCCAAAAGUAAACCAAUGCUUUCAAGAAGCUGGUCCUCUGUUGAUUUCAGUUCGGAGUAGUAGGAAAGUCUAUUAUUGUCUGUCAGAAAAUCCUGAUUUUAGUUUGGAGUAGAAGGAAAAUCUAUUGUUUUCUGUCAGAGAAUCCUGUAGUUAAGAUUUUUUUGAUCUAUACUCUGCAAUUAUCUUCCGCUAUAUUGGAAAGUGCCAUUGACAAUCUCUGAUCCAUUAGUUCUUUAGUCCAUAUUGUACAUAAUAGCUUUGUUAUACUUGGGUGUUCUCCAGUUUGUAAAAAUGAGCACAAAUUGGGGUUUACAGGCCUUCAAUCCCAUCUGUCUUGUUUGAUAUGAUUGCUUUUAGGCUGCCCUGUUAACAAUUCCUUUUACUUAUAGUUUUUUUGUUCUUCAUAAGGGCUUUGGCUUUCUAACUAAGAGAAUUCUUGCUUUUGGGGAGUAUUUUUUCAGGUUUGUUUAGUAGCUCAUGCAUUGAUAAUAAAAUAACCCAUUAGAUUAUCAGAAACCAUUUACAGUUUUCCACAAUCCCAUCUGUUUAGAAGCCAUUAUAAUCUAUUUUAAGAUUCAUUGUUUGUCAUCCAAUCUGCUACUGCCAUUGUAUGAUAUGAUAUGCUGGAUGGAUUCUAUAAAUGAGCCCAUGACUUGAAUCUGAGUCUGCAGAAAGACAAUCUUCGUUUGUUUUAAGACUUCUUGUGCAUCAUUGUUGUAAUUCAAAUCUACAAUGAGGACAGUGGCAAAGUUAGUUGUGCUGCAGUCCACAAUCCAGAGACUACACAAACAUGGCCACCGAUUGUGGGUUCUGGCAUUUAUAUCAUUUCUAACAUUUGUUUCAUUUGCAGCAUUUUUGGUGAAGGAAAUCAACUUUUUUCAAGCAAGGAGUUUUGAAAGCAAGGUUAUCUUCAAUGCUGCAAAGAGAUCAGACAUUCCCAUGGAUGUCAUAGAAGCUCUUGUGCACUAUGCUGGAACCAAUAGUUCUGCCCAAAUGAGCCAGGAAGAGAUUGGGGAAAUAGCACACAGUGUUCUUAAGAAGAGGCCCUGCAAUCUCCUUGUGUUUGGAUUAGGACAUGAAAGCUUUCUGUGGAGAAUCCUCAAUUAUGGAGGAAGAACUGUAUUUUUGGAUGAGAGUGAGAUGUGGGUGAAUGGAUUGGAGGAAAAACAUCCAGAAAUGGAGGUAUAUGAGGUCCAAUAUACAACCAAAGUUAGUGAGUCAGAGCAGCUUCUGGCUUUGGCUAAAGAACAGAUUAAAACAGACUGCCGUCCAGUGCAAAACUUAUUGUUCUCUGAUUGCAAACUCGGCCUCAUUGAUUUGCCAAAUGAUUUGUAUAAAGUGAGUUGGGAUGUGAUUCUUAUUGAUGGUCCCAGGGGCUACUUCCCAGGGGCUCCUGGUAGGAUGUCUGCAAUUUUUACUGCUUCUGUCUUGGGAAGGAGUAAAAAAGAGUUUAAGGCCACAGACAUUUUUGUUCAUGAUUUUAAUAGACAGGUGGAAAAAGUUUAUAGUAAUGAGUUCUUGUGCAGAGAAAAUCAGGUUUCUUCCAUAGGGAAUUUGGCCCAUUAUAGCAUUCAAACAAUGGGUAUGGAUUCAGUCAAUUUUUGCAACCAGAACUCCACUUCAAGGGCUCCAAUGACAUCAAAUUUGCAAUGGAAGAAACUCACCAUGUCUGAAAAGGCCUGACAUGUACAAUAGGAAACUACUUCUUAUGAGAGCUUUGAAGCAGAAAAUGAAUCCAGAAAACUUCAGCUGUAGGUGGUAUAUACAUCAUAAUCCUCAAAUUUUGAUGCUGCUGAGGUUAGAGAAGUAGCUUUCAUGGAUAUUUUCUCAAAGAAUCAUGAAAAUUCUUGCUUUCUAGCUGAUGGUCAUUACUUGAAAGAGUCCUUCAAUGAAUAACUAGUAGGAAUAGAUAUCAACUGUAAAAUUGGGUUCUAUUUAAUGUUGGUUUCCCUUC